AGUGGUGGGGGAGUGUCCAGAGAUUAAAGAGUAAACAGGUCACAUUAGGAUUUCCCCUCACUGAGCAGGUCCGUGGAGAGUUGUAGAGACUGCUCUUGAAAUAGUUCAAAUCAUGCACCUCCCUCACUAAUUUUCAGAGGCACCAUUCCAUGUUCUCAUCUCUUUUUCCUCUCUGAGGAAAGGUUACUAGAGAGACAGAACUGAAGUACAAUCGAUGAAUGAACAGAUAGGGGCUGGUGGGCUUAGGGUGAAGUUCACUGGCCAGAAUGAUUGUCUGACUUAUGCUAGCUAUGCUAGCUACACUCGGCUACACUCUAGGUUCCAGCAUACCUCCUCCCACCGUACACACAAACAAGAGGAAGCAAGGGCAUGGGUGAACACACACACACACACACACACACACACACACACACACACAAACAGUGAGGGAUUAGAAGUAAACACUUGUAAUAACAUGUAGUAUAUGCAAAUAGCGUUAGUGAGUUCUUGAAAACUUUGUUGAGGUUAUCAGCCUGUUUUUUUUGUUUUGUUUUGUUUCUUUUCCGGUGCUGGGGACCGAACCCAGGGCCUUGUGCUUGCUAGGCAAGUGCUCUACCACUGAGCUAAAUCCCCAACCCCUUGUUUUGUUUUUUAAUCAGUUUUUUCCUCCUUUUGUUUGUUUUAAAGUGAAACAUAUUGUCUAUUGCUGAGGUAGUCACUAACCUUUUCCCCUUCUCAAUUUUCCCCAUCACUGUUGGACGUUGAGCAAUAGAAGAGGGUGAAAGAGUUAAGGAAAAGCUUUGUAGGAGGAGGGCAGAGUCUAACACCUAAGGAGAGGCGCUUGAGCCAGCACCUUCCUGACAGAAGAGGAAACAAGUUUAACAGGACCUAGCCCCAAAGGAACUAAUUUGCUGAAGGGGGAAGGGAGGGAUAGGGACGAGACUAAGGCGUUCCUUUGAAGAACAAGGUUCCCUACAGGGCACAACCUAACAAAGGGAGUGGCUUCACAGUCCCAAUAGAUUUAAGGGUGAAACUGCUGGUGGUAGCCGAAGCUAAUCCGAGGUGUUGGGCGCGGCUAAUUAGAAUACUGACUGGGUCCGCCCUAAAGCCUUCACUCUGUGCCCUCUGACCCGGAGGAUCCACUACUGAGCAGCAGGCCAAGAAGUUACCUCGCCGCUGAAUCCCCAGGGCUGCUCGCCAACUCAGUCAUGAAAACCUCCAGCACCCCUGAGGCCACGGGCACAGGUGAUCGACCCGCAGUGCGCCGAUCUUUGCGCGCUCUUUUCCUAGGUCUCUGUUCAGUUAAGCUGGGCGGCAGAGAGUGAUCGACAGGCGAAGUAGACCUGCCCACCUUAAGUGUUAGUCGGGGUUUUCGUGCAUCCCCUGCACUCCUGAGACUCUUCUGCUCGUGCCAAUGAGCGCCCUGGAAUUUGGUGCAGGCUACGGGCCUUGCAUCUUCCUUUCCUCUUUUACCAGCUUUUCUACUGGGCCUUGAGCCUGAGAGGACUGUCUGGAGUAAGGCUUAUGUAGGAACUUCUCUUCGAAUCCAGAGGAUUGUUUUAUAUACAUCAGGAGGUCAACAGUGGUAUCGGUGGUAGUAAAAGAGCUCACGACUAUGAGCGUCUACACUCCCCUUUCCGCCUCCCGAGUCAAAGAAAUGGGGCAGUCUCUCUUUAAGAUUAAAAUGGUGGCUUGCUAUGAGGAGAACUCCACUUCCGGCGGGGAGGGGGCGGGACCCCAGCCCGCUCACGCCGGAAGUGGUUAGGGUUCUCAAGAUGGCGACUCCCUAUGUAACUGACGAGACCGGCGCUACACCUCAGGAUUACUACAACCUGGACCUCAUCUGUGACACAUUUCCUUUCAGGCAAGUACAUUGCCUCAACACAGAGACCCGACGGGACAUGGCGCAAGCAACGGAGGGUCAAAGAAGGAUACGUGCCCCAAGAGGAGGUCCCAGUGUGCGUGGUUAGGCUUAACAAGGGGUAUUUAGUGGGUCCCUACACAAGUAUAGCGUAUUAUGCCGUGGAGUUCAGGGAUGAAUCGCCUGGGCCUGAAAGAAAUGGAAGGAGGGACAACGGUCUCAGGAGAGGAAGGAGCUGGGAUUGAGGGGUGAGUGGGGGUUUCCCCAACUAGUCUUGUUCCUUUGACCUCUCUUCUCCAGGAUCUCUAGACAGCAGUCAGAGGGCCAGAGCCUUGAGUUCUAGAACUUUGGUACAGACCAGGGACCCUGAAGGGCAGAGAAAACGGGAGUGCAAUGGGAAGGGGUGAGGUGGGAGGAGUGAGGCUGGGGUUAGUCCUGGAAGCUUUAGCAUCUCUGUUUCUUGCAGCUAUGAAAACAAGUAUGUGAAGUUUUUCAAGAGUAAACCGGAACUUCCCCCAGGGCUGAGCCCUGAGGCCACCACACAGGUCACACCAUCCAGACCUGACAGUGGUGAAGCAGGCCUCUCCAAGACAGCCAAACGCAACCUGAAGCGGAAGGAGAAGAGGAGGCAGCAGCAGGAGAAAGACGCGGAGGCCUUGAGCAGGACUCUUGAUAAGGUGUCUCUGGGAGACUCAGCCCAGAUGCCCAGUGCUCACCAUGGCCCCCAAGCCACCCCUCCAGCUGCCUCCGAUGCACCUGACUCUGCUGCCACCACAGAGAAAGCCAAGAAGAUCAAGAACCUGAGGAAGAAGCUGCGACAGGUGGAGGAGCUGCAGCAGCGCAUCCAGGCCGGGGAGAUCAGCCAGCCUAGCAGAGAGCAGCUGGAGAAGCUGGCACGGCGGAGGGUGCUGGAGGAGGAGCUGGAGGACUUGGAGUUGGGCCUGUGAGGCUUCAGGAGUAGGGGAGUGGACUGCAGAACAAACCAUGGGGUGCUCUGGGGUCCAGGGAGCGUGGGCCGCAGCAGUCAGGAGGGGCACCCCCAUACUGGCUCACUUCCACCUCCUCUGGCCCGACUCCGUCCUCCAGAGCCGAGGCUCUCUCUCCUUCAUCCCUUUCCCUUCUCAGCUCCCAUUUUUGAACUUUUCCCUUCCAUCCAUUGUUCACAGUCUGAGUGCUGACCCCAGGUACCUCUGCUGCUGAUCUGGGUGUCUUGUUGAAAAGGAACCCCAGGAGGGUGGGAGUCUGUCGGAGAUCUGAGGCUGAGGGUACAAGGAGUACCCACGUUUUAGAGUCUUGGUUCCUGUUCAGUGUUUAUGAGUUACUUCCCUGCCAUCCCGAACCUCUUCUUCCUCUUCCUCUUCCUCCUCCUCCUCCUCUUUUUUUUUUUUUUUUUUUUUUUAAAGGCAGUAAGAAUAAAUUCAACUAGACGGCAUGGCUCAGGCUUUGACUCUCUUCUCAACUCUUGUUCUGUCUAUGAAGAAGACACUAGGGUUUUAAUGGUGCUGGGGACUGAACCCAGGGCCUUGCACAUGAUAGCCCUGCCACUAAUCUGCAUCCUAACCCUUAACACUUCACCAUCAUACAUGCAACUGGCUGUGGUAGCACACACCUGUAGUAGGACUGGAGUCAGGCGGGAUCGCCAACAUUUCAAGGCCAACCUGGUCUAUCUCAACAAAGUAAUGUAGGGCAAAAUUACACUUCAGUAAACAGAAGUUAGCAUUGAAAUGUAGUAAAAUUUAGAACAAGAUUAAUUUGACACUAAUGUAUGUGUCAUUGUGCCACAGAACAAUACAUCUGCUGUACCUUCCUUAUUGCUUCUGAAGUUAACUGUAAACCAGUUGAAAUUUCACCUUGGAUGAUGCCCAAGAUGGUGUCAGGGCAAAGUAAUGACUUACUGAGAUAUAUCCAAAAGAUCUGCUGUUCAUCUCUUGUCUUACCCAUGCUGCACCUUUGUCACAGAGUACUGGGAACCAGGGUUAGCUCUCAGGAAUUCAGAGGCCACCAAAAUUAACCCCGUUAAACUCUUACCCUCUCCCAGGCCUUUUAAAGCUUUUGGAUCUUUGAGAAUCCUUCCUUUACCAUUACUGUCACCCUCAAACAUGAGCUAAGUCACCCAUGUCUGUGUGCUCCAUGUGUGCUUGCCCAUGGUACACAGACGUGGAGAAGACAUCCACCUUGUAAGGCUUGAUGAUUCUGAACCUCAGGGAUCCACCUGUGUCCACCUCCCUAGACAAGCUCCUUGAGGCCCCCACCCCUCUUGUGUGAACUCGCUUGUGUUUUACCCACGAGCUGUCUUCCCUACCUGUAAUGGUUGUCAAACAUCACAUUUGCUUAGUUCUCAACCACCCUCAGUAGACAAUGAGAUCCAGCUAGUCAGUUAGUUUGAGACCUCAGCUGGCUUAGAUCUGGAAUUCACUGCCUCUGUUUCCCCAGUACCGGGCUUACAGGUGUGGGCUACUGUAUUCCUUGAGCUUAACGGUUAAAUUCUCAAAUAUCCAGCUGAAAUAAGGCCUGGAACCAUGCAUAGAAAAGAACGUGGUUAAUGGUAAAUUCUUUUUUUUUUUUCUUUUUUCCAGAGCUAGGGACCAAACCCAGGGCCUUGCGCUCGCUAGGCAAGCGCUCUACCGCUGAGCUAAAUCCCCAACCCCAAUGGUAAAUUCUUAGUCUGGAAACACUAAGAGACCAAGAGCCUGCGUUCCUUAUUGUAGGAACCUGACAAUUACUACAGAUUUAGUUGCAGAUAUCAUACUUUAUGAUAAGCACACAUAAAUGCUUACAGGUUUCUGAGGGGUAGGGUGAGAUUGGAGUUAAAUGUCAGAGUGCUUACCUAGUAUGGACAAAGUCCUGGGUGUAAUUCCCAGAACCACGUAAAACAACAAGACAGCACAAGCCUGCAGUCCCAGCACACAGUUCAAGGCAAUUCUGAAUCCUCACUGCUAAUGUGAGACAAAAUUUUGAGUAACGAAAGCUCCCUGAGGCAAGACCUACACCAGGACUCCUGGUGGAGUGUGCUGGAUACUUUUAUGUCAACAUAAGUGAAGUCAUGAGGGACCCUCAAGAAAAUGCCUCCAAAGGAUGGGCCUGAAGGGAGGGCAUUUUCUUAGUGGGUGGUGCUAUCCCUGACCUGGUGGUCCUGGGUUCUAUCAGAAAGCAGGAUGAGCUAGCUACAAGGAGCAAGCCAGUGAGCAGCAUCCCUCCAUGGCCUCUGCAUCAGCCUCUGCCUCCAGGUUCCUGCCCUGUUUAAGUUUCUGUCCUGACCUCCUUCAAUGAGGAUCAGUGCUGUAGAAACAUAGGCAAAAUAAACCCUUUCCUCCCCAA